AUGACCUCCAGCGAGUCAGGUUCUAUUAUUAAAGAUGAUGGGUGCUCAGGAUCCACGUCUUUCCUUUCUCUUGGAUCAUCGUCUACCUCCGUAUCCAGCCAAUUGCCUCCGUCCCAUCCCGGACGUGAGAUAGCUAUUAGCAGUCGUACACUGGAUAGCGUUAAGAUUGCCAAAGUCACCCUCGAAAAUUUCUACAAUAACCUCGCCACUCAGUCACAAGAUCGCCAAAACAGGUACAAGAUCCUGGAGUGCAUGAUGGAGUCAGAGGGGCUAACGGAAGACCAGAAACAACAAAAGCGAAGUCAACAUGCCUUGAAGGAAAGUGAGUACCUGCGACUGAAGCGGGCUCGCCUUACGGUGGACGACUUCACACCACUGAAGGUCAUCGGGAAGGGUGCUUUUGGUGAAGUGAGCUCUUUUCUGUUUCACCCGAGAAUACAUGAUGCUUGA